AUGCUGUCCUUCCAGUACCCCGACGUGUACCGCGACGAAACCGCGGUACAAGAUUAUCAUGGGAAUAAAAUUUGUGACCCCUAUGCUUGGCUAGAAGACCCGGACAGUGAACAGACAAAGGCUUUCGUGGAGGCACAAAACAAGAUCACUGUGCCGUUUCUUGAGCAGUGCCCCAUUAGAGGUUUAUACAAAGAGAGAAUGACAGAAUUGUAUGACUACCCCAAAUACAGCUGCCAUUUCAAGAAAGGAAAACGGUAUUUUUAUUUCUACAAUACAGGUUUACAGAACCAGCGUGUAUUAUAUGUCCAAGAUUCCUUAGAGAGUGAGGCCAGAGUGUUUCUUGACCCCAAUAUCCUCUCUGAUGAUGGCACAGUGGCGCUCCGAGGUUAUGCAUUCAGCGAAGACGGUGAAUAUUUUGCCUAUGGUCUAAGUGCCAGUGGCUCAGACUGGGUGACAAUCAAGUUCAUGAAAGUUGAUGGUGCCAAAGAACUUCCAGAUGUGUUAGAAAGGGUCAAGUUCAGCUGUAUGGCCUGGACCCAUGAUGGGAAGGGAAUGUUCUACAACUCAUACCCCCAGCAGGAUGGAAAAAGUGAUGGCACAGAGACAUCCACCAAUCUCCACCAAAAGCUCUGCUACCAUAUCUUGGGGACGGAUCAGUCAGAGGAUGUUUUGUGUGCUGAGUUUCCUGAGGAGCCUAAAUGGAUGGGGGGAGCUGAGUUAUCUGACGAUGGUCGCUAUGUCUUAUUAUCAAUCAGGGAGGGCUGUGAUCCAGUGAACCGACUUUGGUACUGUGACCUACAGCAGGAAUCAAAGGGCAUCACUGGAAUUCUGAAGUGGGUAAAGCUAAUAGACAACUUUGACGGAGAAUAUGACUAUGUAACCAAUGAGGGGACAGUGUUCACAUUCAAGACAAAUCGCCAUUCUCCCAACUACCGCCUGAUCAACAUAGACUUCAUGGACCCUGAUGAAUCUAAGUGGAAAGUACUUGUUCCCGAGCACGAGAAAGAUGUCUUAGAAUGGGUAGCAUGUGUCAGGUCCAACUUUUUGGUAUUAUGCUACCUCCAUGAUGUGAAGAACAUUUUGCAGCUUCACGACCUGGCCACUGGUGCCCUCCUCAAGACCUUCCCAUUAGAGGUCGGAAGCAUCGUGGGAUACAGUGGUCAGAAGAAGGACACUGAGAUAUUCUACCAGUUUACGUCCUUUUUAUCACCAGGUAUCAUUUAUCACUGUGAUCUUACCAAAGAGGAAAUGGAGCCAAGAGUCUUCCGAGAGGUGACUGUGAAGGGGAUUGAUGGUUCCGACUACCAGACAAUCCAGGUUUUCUAUCCUAGCAAGGAUGGUACAAAGAUACCAAUGUUCAUUGUGCAUAAAAAAGGCAUAAAAUUGGAUGGUUCACAUCCUGCUUUCUUAUAUGGCUAUGGUGGCUUCAACAUAUCUAUUACACCCAACUACAGUGUGUCCAGGCUGAUUUUCGUGAGGCAUUUGGGUGGCGUCCUUGCAGUGGCCAACAUCAGAGGAGGUGGCGAAUAUGGAGAGACGUGGCAUAAAGGUGGCAUCUUGGCCAACAAACAAAACUGCUUUGAUGACUUCCAAUGUGCUGCCGAAUAUCUUAUAAAGGAAAGCUACACGUCUCCCAAAAGACUGACGAUUAAUGGAGGUUCAAAUGGAGGCCUGUUAGUGGCUGCAUGUGCAAAUCAGCGUCCUGACCUCUUUGGUUGUGUUAUUGCUCAAGUGGGAGUAAUGGACAUGUUGAAGUUCCAUAAGUACACCAUCGGCCAUGCUUGGACCACCGAUUAUGGGUGCUCAGACAGCAAACAACACUUUGAUUGGCUCAUCAAAUAUUCUCCACUGCACAACGUCAAGUUGCCAGAGGCAGACGAUGUCCAGUAUCCGUCCAUGCUUCUCCUCACAGCUGAUCACGAUGACCGUGUGGUCCCACUUCACUCCCUGAAGUUCAUCGCCACCCUACAGUAUACCGUGGGCCGUAGCCGGAAGCAAAGCAACCCCCUGCUUAUCCAUGUGGACACCAAGGCAGGUCACGGGGCGGGGAAGCCCACAGCCAAAGUGAUAGAAGAAGUCUCAGAUAUGUUUGCAUUCAUAGCACGGUGCCUGAGUAUUGACUGGAUACAGUAA